AUGACUAGCCGAGACGACAAACUAGCGACGCGCCAGGACACUCCAGUGCCAGUGCCUCGUGCAAACACAGACCCACGAUCUACCGCACAGUCUACAGGAUACACUCACAAAGUCAACGAGCCGACUAGGACGAUGUCAGAAACUCCGGACGUCGAGCUCCCUGUCUGGAUAAGCGAGCAGGCUACAAUGCAGACUCGCUCAGCGCCCACGUGCUAUGGAACUGAACGACAAUUGGAACCAGACGCGCAUACAGAACGCACUUCACACGAGUGCUCUGGACUCACACGCUUAAAUUACACGCGCCCGUGUCUCUCGAUGCUAUCAAAAUAA